UCUCUGCACUUGGCCCUGAGCUGGCCCGGGUCCCCUGGGAUGGGCAGGGCCAUGGGAAACUUGUUUAUGCUGUGGGUGGCUGCAGGCAUGUACACCCUCAGUGCCUCUGCCUGGUCAGUGAGCAAUUUCCUGGUCACAGGUCCCAAGGCCUAUCUGACCUAUGCCACCAGUGUGGCCCUGGGCGCCCAGACUGGCAUCGAAGAGUGUAAGUUCCAGUUUGCUUGGGAGCGAUGGAACUGCCCUGAGCAUGCUUUCCAGUUCUCUACCCACAGCAGGCUGAGAGGUGCUACUAGAGAAUCAUCCUUCAUUCACGCUAUCCGCUCUGCUGGAGUCAUGUACACCAUCACCAAGAACUGUAGCAUGGGUGACUUUGAAAACUGUGCUUGUGACGGGUCAAAAAAUGGAAAAACAGGUGGCCAUGGCUGGAUCUGGGGAGGCUGCAGUGACAAUGUGGAAUUUGGGGAAAAGAUCUCCAGACUCUUCGUGGACAGUCUGGAGAAAGGGAAGGAUGCCAGAGCCCUGAUGAAUCUACACAACAGCAGGGCAGGCAGGCUGGCAGUGAGGGCCUCCAUGAAAAGGACCUGCAAAUGUCACGGCAUCUCAGGAAGCUGCAGCAUCCAGACGUGCUGGCUGCAGCUGGCUGACUUCCGGGAGAUGGGAGACUACCUAAAGGCCAAGUAUGACCGCGCGCUGAAAAUUGAACUGGAUAAGCGUCAACUAAGGGCUGGCAACCGAGCCGAGGGCCGCUGGGCUCCCACCGGGACCUUCCUUCCCAGCGCAGAGGCCGAGCUAGUCUUCUUAGAGGACUCUCCUGACUACUGCACCCGCAAUGCCAGCCUGGGCAUCUACGGCACGGAGGGCCGGGAGUGUCUGCAGGAUGCCCGCAGUGUGUCCAGGCGGGAGCAGCGCAGCUGUGCGCGCUUGUGCACCGAGUGUGGGCUGCAGGUGGAAGAGAGGAGAACAGAGGCCAUGAGCAGCUGUGACUGCAGCUUUAAGUGGUGCUGCACCGUCAAAUGUAGCCAGUGCAGGCGCACCGUGAACAGGUACUACUGCACGCGCCUGGCGGGUAGUGUCCGGCCCCGGGGCAGGGGCAAGGGCAGUGCUUGGUAACACCACCACAGAUUGACUUGCUGCCUAGCUGCGGGACCCGUGGAGGUGGGGACACAGCUUCUGGCCUAGAGGACACAGACUGGAAAACAAUUGGGACAUCUCGGGGUUGGCCUGUGGACCGUCUGAUAGCUGUUGUAGAUCAUACAGAGCUGAAAUCUGAACCUGGUUCUCCUGGAUCCAGCCUUUCCUGCGCAGACACUCUUGGACGUACGCAGCUUCUUAAAGGAGGAGUUUGAUUUAGUGUGCACAUCCAAAGGACCCUCAAAGAAUGUGUUCCGUUAAGUUUCAGACCCUGUCCUGUCUAGCUGUGCUGCUGGGAGAUAGAGCGAAGAGGAGCCAAAGGAAAACAGUCCUAGGGCUGGAGAGAUGGCUCGGUGGUUAGGAACGCUCACUGACUGGCCUUCCAGAGGACCGGUUCACUUCCAGGCGCCCACAUGGUGGCUGUGAGCCAUCUGUUCUUCCAGUUCCAAGGGAUCCAAUGUCCUCUUCUGGUCUCCUUGGCCACCAGGCCCAAAUGUGCACAGACGUACAUACAGACAAAACACCUAUGCAUAUGAAGUAAUAAAGUAAAAAAAAAAAAAAUGUAAAAAGAUCAGAGUUCGGUUCGAACCUGUGAAGGAAUGUCCUUCCUCACUUCUGACGACUGAAAAUAGAUGCAGAGGGAGUGUGGGACUGGGACCACCUUCUCUGACUGUGAGCUUGUUAGUGUGCUGGGGUCUUCAUCUGCCAAUGCACUUUGAAACAGUUCCCCCAGCUAAGCCUUAGGGAAACCAGGACCCAGCAUGACCAAGGAACCAUCUCCGGAGCCAAAAUGACAAUCAGUGGACAGAUGACCAGGACUUGCCAGACAACACCCUCGAAGAAGAGUAUUUCCCCAAAGAGCUAUAGAACAUCUCAACUUUGUUAUUUUCCAAAAAUUAGAAACUCAAUUUCAUUUGAAUAAAUGCUUCUAGGAUAUA